AUGUCUAAGUUGGCUAUUUAUUUCUUAUUAUUAAGUUCAGUACGUGCUGAACGCGAUACUACUCCAGUAUUUAUAUUGGAUUACGAUAAACAACUAAAGAACGUAAAUGAAAAAGGCAAUCCUUUUGAUAAAAUGAAAUCUUCGGAUUUCUCAAAAAUAGUCGACGACGCAAUGAGACUUAGCCGCAUUAUAAUAAUAUUUGUUGAAGACUCGUUUUGCUCUGAAGAUAUUAGUGUUAAAGAUAAAUAUGGCUCUCCCUUCUACCACUUGGGUCUAGGUUUAAAGGAAAAACAAGUGAAAUAUCUGCCAGCGGUAUCUCAGCCGUAUAAUACUCUGAAAAGGAAAUUCCCACCUAAGGAUGUUAAUAUAUUUUAUUUAUCUGAUGGAAAUGCGCAAUUAAAUUUAUACGACCACAGAUUAGAUUACUACUACAUCUAUUUCAAAGAUAACAAAAACGAGAGCAGAGCUAGUAAGUUGAAAGGGCACGAUUUGUCUAUGAAGGAAGUACUGCUAGUGAUGCACCAGAUAGCUAAGAAACCGAUAAUAGGUUUUUAUACCGGUAAAGUUAAUCCGGUUAUGGUUGAAAAGAUUAAUUUUAAAUCUGUCAAGACUUAUCCGAUCCAUAGACAUCCUGGCGUUACAAUUUCAAGUUCUGGAGCUCUUUUUAGAUUUAUUGGUGUCUACUCCACGAUUGGCAACCGACGUUCCAUGUUCAGUCAGAUCCCGCUGGUGACUGAAGAGUCUUGGCAGAAGGAUCAGCUCAUCACUAGAAUGGCGUACACAGACUUCGAGUUGGAGUUUACGUUUGAUUUCCAAAAAGAACGUUGGAUAGUCGAGAGCGUGGCUCUUUUGGAAGGUGGAGAGGAAGUUGGUCGAACUUCCUUACGUGCGGGCGCGCCUUGGUCUUGGUCCUACACUUGCAGUGAGCCGAUCGUGUUGGUUAAUUUGAGAGACGGCAGUGCGCUUACUAUAUCACAUUACCAGAUCCAACCCUUCAAGAAUAAUUUCUUAAAGGAUGAUGAUAAGGGUGAAAGUUUGGAUGAUGAUGAAUCGUCAGCUAGUGACCGUAGCCAAAGGGAUGAUAGUGGUAUAGACGAUUACCGACGUAAUGCUAAUAAUAGCGGUAAAUUCGGCAAGUCUAUCAACUGCGGGCCGUACUUCAACGCUCCCAUACUAGCCGGGCUGAUGGUGACGGCGUUUUGUAUCGGCAUUCUUACUUACGGUGUAGUUUCUAUGUACAAUCUUCGUGCGAACAACAGAUAUGAUGACCAACACGGCAAGCCGCUGGUGAUUGCCGCUGAGGCCGGACAUUAA